AUGCUCACUCCACCAUACCAUUUCUCCAUCGUCGCUUGCCCUUCUUCCCUCACUUCGAAUGGCCCCGAGAUACUGUAUCGUGGUUCGAUCCCCGCUCCGAGGAAUAAGUCAUUCAUAAGACGAUUGAACAUCAGGACGAUCGUAGUCUUGAGGAAGAAGGCAUUGAAAGAGGAUGAUCCCCUGGUGGUAUGGACAAAGAAGAGGAGGAUACAGAUGAAAUGGAUCAAAGCUGAGGAAAUGGGCGAAGAGAAAUUGGGAAUGGGUAAGAAUGAAGUGCUGGAGGUUCUCAAGAUCAUCCUCGAUAUCAAAUCAUACCCACUAUACAUAGCAGAUAUCGAUGGGAUCUCACAUACCACCUUGAUCGUAGCCUGUCUAAGGAAAUUACAAGGAUGGAACAUGGAAUGUAUAAUCAACGAGAUUUGUCGUUUCGAACCGGAAUACCUCGAUCUUCCUCUUUUACCAUUCAUCCAAUCAUUCUUAUCUCUCAAUACCUCCGAUUCAUCGUUGAUCUUACCCCAACCUCCUUACCCAGGAUGGUUAUGGCCCGGACCAACUACCCAACCAGGUCAAGGUAAUAGCAGUGGUAGCAACAUGGGUAAAUCACGAGAUCGAUCCGGUUCGACUCUAUCAUCUUCAUCCACCCAGUCAACUACUAAUACAACAACCCUCCCAUUCCCUCAUCCAUUAUCUAUCCGUAAACAUCCAACUAUGAAACUUACUUUCCCCAUUUUACCUCCUCCGCCUCCAGCAUCCGGAGGUGGAAUGGGACAAGGGGUGACUCCUCCAAUGGGAUCAUCGCCUAUGAUAGGUCUAUCAAGGGUAAAUUCAAGGAGAGAGAAAAUCCCAACAAAUGAAGAUGGAAGUAUAAUAGGUCAAGCAGUCAAUAAUAUAUCCAAUAGCAACAACAUCCAGCAACCACAGAAUGAGGAAAGUACCAAGGCUCAGGGUGAAUUUGGAAAUGAUAACAAGUUGGGUAGAACAGUGUCAUUUCAUUCCAUGUCCGAAAGACAAUCACAAUUACAAUCACAAUCACUACCCAAGCAGGCUCAAACACAAGCUCAAGUAUCUGAACCGAAAUCGAAAUCAACAAUCACACCCACACAGUCAAAUCAGUCUUCACCAUUGAAGUUAUCAAGAGAACAGACACAUACUACUUCAACCACUUCCUCGGACCUCGAAUCUACCGAGGGAGAAGAAGACAUGGUGGGAGAUGGUAGAUUACCAAGAAGUGAAUAUCAAGAUGAUGAUGAUGAAUAUUACGAGGAUGAAGAUGAAGAUGAAUAUGAAGAGGAAGAGGAAGAAGAGGAUGAGGAUGAUGAUGAUGAUGAGGGUAAUGAACCUACUUCUCAAUAUAUCUCAGCAUUGGAUUUAGCUGGGUUUGGAUAG